AUGAGGCUGAGCUGGGGGGUCUGUAGCUGGAGCGCCGGAGGAAGAGCAGGAUCAGCUGAACUACAGAAGAAAUGAAAAUGUUCUCCUAAAAUUCAUCACCAACAAAAAGGAUAUUUAUCAAAGAGCAGUGUUAAACUGCUGAAAGAGGUGUAGCAGAAGCCAUCCUGAAGAAUCUCCAGAACACGCAGAAAUUGUUUGAUACAUUUAACAGACAAAUGAAGCCAAGUCCCAACAUGGAGAAACAUCAGCACUCUGUCAAGAGUUUUACUAAACAGAGUAAUCUCAAAAAACACCAGCGCAUUCACACAGGAGAGAAACCGUAUCCUUGCUCAGACUGUGGGAAGAGUUUUAAUCAAGGCGGUCAUCUCCAACACCACCAGCGCAUUCACACAGGAGAGAAACCGUAUCACUGCUCAGACUGUGGGAAGAGAUUUAUUGAACAGAGUACUCUCAAACGACACCAGCGCAUUCACACAGGAGAGAAACCGUAUUACUGCACAGACUGUGGGAAGAGUUUUAAUAGACUGGAGACUCUAAAACUGCAUCAGCGCAUUCACACAGGAGAGAAACCGUAUCACUGCUCCAAGUGUGGGACGAGUUUUACUGUACAGAGUAAUCUCAAAAUACACCAGCGCAUUCACACAGGAGAGAAACCGUAUUACUGCUCAGACUGUGGUAUGAGUUUUACUCAACAGAGUCAACUAAAACUGCACCAGCGCAUUCACACAGGAGAGAAACCGUAUUACUGCUCAGACUGUGGGAAAAGUUUUAAUCAACAGAGUACUUUCCAAAUACAUCAGCGGAUUCACACAGGAGAGAAACCGUAUUACUGCUCAGACUGUGGGAGGAAUUUUAAUCAUCAGAGUAAUCUCAAAAACCACCAGCGCAUUCACACAGGAGAGAAACCGUAUCACUGCUCAGACUGUGGGAAGAGUUUUACUACACAGAGUAAACUCAAAAAUCACCAGCGCAUUCACACAGGGGAGAAACCGUAUUACUGCUCAGACUGUGGGAAGAGUUUUACUACACAGAGUACUCUCAAAAAACACCAGCGCAUUCACACAGGAGAGAAACCGUAUCACUGCUCAGACUGUGGGAAGAGUUUUAAUCAACAGAGUCAUUUCAAAACACACCAGCGCAUUCACACAGGGGAGAAACCGUAUCACUGCUCAGACUGUGGGAAGAGUUUUACUUCACAGAGUGAUCUCAAACGACACCAGCGAAUUCACACAGGAGAGAAAACUAUCCCACAUUUGUCCCACAGCAAUUAAAAGUGCAAAUCGUAAAUCUUUCAGACAGAACACCUUAUCCUAUACAAAUAUUUCACUCUGUCACUUGGGACACGUUCCACCAAAAACAAACAUGAAC